UGAUAACGAAACAUGACUUAUGACUUACCAAGUGUGUCCUAUAUGGCACUAUAUGUUGUAUCCAUGCACAUUGUCAGCAGUAACUCUCGGAGCUCAACAGGUGCUAAUCAUUGGAGGCUGAAUGCAGACGAGGGUAAAGUAGUCCAAGCUGAGGAAUCGGACAGUGAUGGAUUCACAGAAGAUGGGUUGAUGACAAUUCUUACUCGUAAAGUAACUGAAAAUGGUGAAUGGCGAGUGGAAGACGAACAAAAACAAAUACCUUGUCACCAAGUAACAGAUAAAACAGAAAGGACUUCAACAAGUUCCAUAGAAAGUAAACCUCCUCCUGAAAAGAAAAAGCUGACUUGUGGAAAACCAGUAAAUUAUACUCAAUAUGAUCAUUUACGAGGAAUUGCCAACAGGAACGAACAUAGUCAUAUUCCAGAACCAGAGGUGGCUAUGAUGUUUCGCAGAAAGGGCAGCAAAACUUCAGAAAUAGAUAUGAAUGAACUGGAAGAAAGACUUAAGAAAUCAAAGAAAGAUAAACCUAAAUCUGUACAGACUCACAGUCAAAUAGGAAAUUUCUGGAGAAUAAAGGGCAACAGUCUGUUUGCUAUAGAGUGUUUCCGUAAGGCAUUGUCUAUAUCGCCCAAUAACCCGGAGGUUUUACUCUACCUGGCACGUGUGUUGUUUAAUCUACAAUAUUUGGACGAUGCCAUAUUCCUUACACGACGUUCGCUGGUGAUGCAACAACCAAACAGUGAGAACUCGUGGCUUCAACACUACACACUGGGGGAGAUUCUAAAAGCCUAUGGACAUUACCAGGAGGCUACCCUACAUUUCAGACAUGCACUAGACUUGAACCCAGGCUACCAGCCUGCAGAGGCUCACUUGCGAGAGAUGGAUGGGACACCCAAUCCCUCUGUUACACAAUACACACUAUUUAUCAUCUUGUUCCUGGUCCUUGGUGUUAUAUUUGGGGUGAUCACAUCUAUAGAAGCUAACUUUGAGGACAGCAGUGAAGUAAAAACACAACGGCACUUCAACCGAGCCAUGGCCAUGCGAUCAAUUAAGUUAGGGAUCAAUCCACGCCUUAUAAGAAUGAGGAAGAUGAACUGUUAGAUACAGAGAUAAAUUGAACCUACAGUGUUGUGACCCUGUUAGCAUUCUGUGGCAGGUAGAUUGAGAUUUACUGAAAAUGGAACAAUUUCUACAUACACAUUUUGUAUAUUGGGUCUAACUUGUUUCAUGGCAAUGGCUGGAAAUGGUUUCAUAUUGGUAAAAUCAUAACAAAGUGAAGUGAUAAUACCUUAUGUAACAUCAGGGAGCACAAACAAAUACAAAGUCUUCUUCUUUAGAAAAUGUUAACAUUUCUUGUUAUCAACAGUAGAUCAUGCCAGAUUUUACUUUUCUGUUUUCAUUUCGCUGAUGUGAUUUUAAACCAACAAUAAUUUUCACAGCUUUUAACAGACAUUGCUAGUAAAAAAACUGUCAAAUUAAUUGAGAUUUAAAGAAUAAUGAACAAAAUAAUGUCUCCUGAUAUUUUACCAAUACCAAGAUUUUAUUUUUAGUGAAGUUAUCUCCCUCCUUUAACAGAAAACCUGCAGGAGUUUUUAUUUUAUUUUUUUUUUUGGUUUGUUUUUUAUUUUUUUUCUUUAAACAGGAUCAACAUUAAAAAAAUGGUUUCAGGUUCCAUACAACACAUUUGAUAUAUUUCAUAUAGAUAAUGUACCAAAUGAUUGUGGUACUGAUGUCUUAAUAUCUUUGUUAACAGGGAGUACAUUUAUAAACAAUGAUAUUAAAUAGAUUAGCUACAAGUAUGCUCUUAAUCUAUUGAUAAUUACACUUGGAAAAAAUCUACC